CUCGUUUCCCCGCCCCUCCCGCGGGGUCACGCGGCUCCGAGCCCCGCCCCUCCCCAUUCCUUCCUGCCCCCUGGAGCAUGGCUGACCGCCGGGACAAGGCGGCGCUGGUCAGCGAGACGAGGCGGCGGUUCGAGGCCGAGUACCUGCCAGAUAAAUCAGAUAAAUAUGAUUCCAGAGAUGUGGAAAGACUUCAGCAAGAUGACAAAUGGGUUGAAAAUUACCUGAUUUGGCGUCAAGAUGUUGUGGAUGAUACAUUAAAGAUGAUUGAUCAAAGCUUUCAGUGGAGGAAAGAAUAUACUGUUAAUGACUUGACUGAAUCUGUCCUUCCAAAAUCAUUACUUGAAAAUGGCUCUCUCUUUCUGCACGGAUAUGAUAAAGAAGGCUAUAAAUUAUUUUGGUUUAGAGUGAAACUUCAUAUAAGAGAUCAAAAACAGCAACUUGAGAAAAAGAAACUGGUAGCUUUUUGGUUAGAACAUUACGCCAAGAGAGAUCAUGGAAAGCCCUUAACAGUGGUAUUUGACAUGGCCGAAACUGGAAUCAGUCACAUAGACUUGGAUUUUGUUCGGUUUAUUGUCAACUGUUUUACAGAUUAUUAUCCAAACUUUCUCACAAAGAUAGUGAUCUUUGAAAUGCCAUGGAUAAUGAAUGCUGCUUUUAAAAUUGUGAAGGGUUGGCUUGGCCCAGAUGCAAUAAGCAUGUUAAAGUUCACAAACAAGAGUGAUGUACAGGAAUACAUCAGUGGAGAAUAUCUGCCACCUCACAUGGGUGGAACUGAUUCUUUCAAGUACAGUUAUCCUCCGCUGGUUGAUGAUGAUUUUCAAACACCUUUAUGUGAAAAUGGGCCCAUUACUAGUGAAGAUGAGCAUGAAAGUAAAGAAGAGAUAGAUGCAGAUGCCAAAGAAACUGGGGAUCUGAAUGAAGAACAAAAUCUUAAUCAGAAAAAGAUGAAUUCUAUAGAACAAAAUUCCAAAUCAGAGGAAAGUGACAAAACAGAGUUCAAACCAAAAAAUGCAAAGAAAGCACUAACCACUUUUAAAGGACCUUUAUUACAUAUCAGCCCUGCAGAAGAACUAUAUUUUGGAUCCAAAGAAACCGGAGAAAAAAAGUGUUUGAUAGUUCUGACAAACGUCACUAAAAACGUAGUAGCUUUUAAGGUGAGAACAACUGCUCCUGAAAAAUACAGAGUUAAACCCAGUAACAGUAGCUGUGAACCUGGCACAUCAUUAGACAUAAUAGUCUCUCUUCAUGGUGGUUUUGCAGCAUCUCUGCAGGAUCGUUUCCUUAUAAUGGCAGCAGAAGUGGACCAGUCUUUUGGAUCAGGUGUACAAGAUCUGUCUCAGUUUUGGAAAGAAGUUCCUAGGACCAAAGUGAUGGAACAUAGGCUCAGGUGUCAUGUCAUAGAAAGUAGUAAGCCCUCUACUCUUACAUUAAAAGAGAAUGCAUUUAAUAUUCCAGCAAAAACCAAUGAAGAUUUACAUAUGCAGCUAACUCAUUUACUGCAAAUUAAUAAAAGACUUCACGAACAGAUUGAUCGCUGCCUCUGGUUCCAGCAGUUGUCAGUCGUUUUAUCAUUAUUAUCAAUUACUGUUGUUGCCUUCUGCUUCUACCUGGUGUAUACCCAGAGAGGCUGAAACAAACUGCUUUGCUCUGAAGGUGCUGUUUAUCAUGUUGGACGUGAGUGGAAAAGGUUUCAGUACUGCUCUUAGAUUCUGGAACUGCCAAAAUGAGGUUUGUGAGCCCACAGCAAUGAGUGAUGAUAAAAUUUUCUGAAAAAAGGAAUGAAUGACUGGCAAAGGAAAUUACUGAAACUUGACACUUAAAACAGUUCAUGAAGAUGUUAGAGCUUGGAGUUAUUUUCACUGUACAACUUAAUACUACUGAACUGGAAGGAGGAAACCAAGUACAACAAUAUAAUUUAAAACUUUUUUUCCCUCUAUUCUAUUCAAGUACUUUAAAUACAGUAUUUAAUUUCUUUUCAUCAUAUUCUUACAUUCAGAAUUACUUUAAUAGAAGGUGUAAGCAGUCUGCUUAGUGUAUUCUAAAGGUUUACUUGUUCCUUCAGGAAAAUUUACAGAAAUUGUGUAGAACAGGCAGAUUUUUUGUAUAAUCUAUGUACAUUCACGUAUAAAAGAAGGUAUUUGUUCUUAGUAAUUGUUUUGGUACUUCAGGGUCAUUGCUUUCAUUAGUUAAAUUCCUUAUUUUUGUGCUUUUCCUGAAUGCAAAUGUACUGUAAAUAUUUUGUAAACAAAUAACAUUCACACAGCCAUGUUGACCAGGAAAAUAACCCUUGUUCAAUUCCAAAGAUCCUAGUCAGAUUGCAGGAGGAGUGUAGCAGUUGACUUUUGAUGACCUAGGUAUGGUUCCUAAAAAGGCUAAUAAAUAGUUUAAGGACUUACUCUGAGAUGUGCAAUAUGCUUAAAUCACAGAUGAAUUCAUGAAAAAAGACAGUCAAGUCAGGAAGAUUAAAUGUUAUUGAAGGCAACAUAAAAGUGUUAUAUCUGCCAUUUCUCUGAAACUGUUGUAGAAAUGGUGUAUGAAGCUAGUGUGAAUUUAUUCUAAUAAGGAUUCUUUGUAUUCGUGGCUGUAAAUAUGUAUAUUAAAAUGCUAAACACC